GUAAAAUGUUUUUGGUGUGCAAUACAUACCGUACCAAAUGUUGCAUAAGUCGAAGGCAUCAAUUCAACUUAGUCUUAUUCAUCAACAAUUGAGGGAAUUAAAAAAAAACAAGAAAAAAGAAAAUGGACCAAGAGUAUCUAUCCACUAUCCAUGCAGCAUAAGGGUAUUUUAGUCAAUUCAUUUCAUAGCCCUCUUCCCUCCUUUUUAAGGCCUUUAAAUACCACUCCAAUUUGCCUUCACUUUUAUCAAAUCAACACAAAUCACUUUCUCUCUCUACCACCAAUAUAUCUAAGGCCAUUUUCUCUCUCUAAAAAAAACGCAGAAAUGGAGAAAAAUCUACCGAUCGUGGCCAAGAAAAUAUGGAAGAUGGUUCGAGUGAUUUAUUUCAUGCUGAGAAAAGGAAUAUCCAAGGCUAAAUUGUUUGCCGAUUUCGGCACGAUGAUGAAGCGUGGCAAGAUCGCCGGAAAAGCAGCCAUUAAAAAUCUCAUGCUCCUCCACCACCACCCCGCCGCCGCCUCCCCUUCCAUCUCCGGCCGCCGCUUCCACGAUUAUGAGUUCAGCUGCAGUAGCUCCAGCCCCGACGCCUGCUACCCAAAAAAACGCAGGAACUCAAAAUCGGCGCAGCCCAGUGAAGAAGACCUGGCGGCGGCGGCGUCGCCGGUUCUGCCGGGGUUCGGGCCGAGCCCGAAUGUGAGGCAGCUGAGGGUGACGGACUCCCCAUUUCCAUUGGAGGACGACGUGGAUGAAGAUAGCCACGUGGACGAAGCUGCUGAGGUGUUCAUUAUGAACUUCUACAAGGAUUUGAGGCUGCAAAAUUCCAUGGAUUAUUGUUAAUAAUUCUUGAAUUUGUGGUUUUGUGAUUUUUGUAGAAAAAUAAAAAAUAAAAAAUAAAAAA